AUGCAGUCCUCAGACAGGAAAACUAGACUUAGACAGAUUUUAGCUCUGGCUCCUCAGCAGAGAUCUGAAUCUCAAUUAACUGAGCUUGUAGAGCUUUUAGGGGUAACUGAUAAUUAGGAUGUAAAAAUGUUUGAGGAGUAUAAAUAUACUCCAAAGCUAAAACAGCUAUGUAAGCAAGUGAGUUUGCAUUCUUUUGGAAUAAAACAAGUCAUUUUUAAACAAGGAGAUGAAGCUGAUGCAUUUUAUAUCAUCCUUUCUGGAAGAGUUUCAAUAUCAGCUGAGCAGACUAGAGAUGGGAAAACUUGGUCUGAAACAGUAGCAGAGCUAAAAGAAGAUGACACUUUUGGGGAACUUGGACUGAUCUAUGGAACUCCAAGAGCCGCUACUGCAAUUUCUACUACAUAUGUAGAACUUAUUGGACUCUCAAAAGAAGCUUACGACAAAGAAAUCAAAGGAGACGACAUCCAAAUAAAAACCAAGGCUUUUAAAUAUUUCAGAAAACACCCUUUUUUCUCACUCAUUCCUGAUGAAAUUUUGCGACAAAUUUCUAAUAAAGCAAAAAAGCCUAUUGAAUUCAAAACAAAUGAUAUUAUUUCUAAGCAAGGCAGCAAAGCAGACGCGAUUUAUUUCAUUACUCAAGGAUCUGUGAAACUGUUGAGAAGGGUUGAUUUUAAAGUCGUUAAAAAUGCAAAUGAUGUCUCGUUUUCUAUGAAUGACCCAAAAAGCUUUGAUUAUAGUGAGAUGCAGAUUGAGACAAAAUUAGUUGAAGUUGAACAUCUGACAAAAGGAGAUUUUGUGGGAGCUUAUGAAAGCUUUAGAAAUCUAGCUUAUCAGUGUUCUGCUAUUGCGACUAUGCCGACAGCUGCGUAUAAAGUAAAUCCACAAGAUUUCAGGUUUGUAGAUGCUUAUGAUAUGCAAGAGAUUUUGAAUAUGACAUCUCCUUGCCCGAGUGAUAAAGAAUUAAGGAGAAAUUAUAUACAAGGACUGAGAUGAGGAGUUUAUAAGAAUUCGUUUGUCAACAGUGUGAGACUUGAAAAUAAGUUCAAGAGGAGGUUUACACAUAGGACUCCACCAAUAAAGUCUUUUAAAACUGCUAGCUUGUCUCUUGAAAAUCCAUUUUCAAAGCCAAAUACUCAUUUAAGGCUUUUGCCAAUUGAAAGAAUAAUGCCAACAACUCCAUCACUUUCAAAAAACUAA